UUGGCUCACUUAUUUUUUAUCUACCACUUCAGAAUAAACUAAGGUUAAGGUUUUGGAAUUUUUUAAAUUAAAGAAAUAUUCUUUUAUUUUAUUAAGCAAAAAUAAAUUAAAAAACACAUUUUUACAAAAUAUGCCUCUGUGUUCAGCAAGAUGUGGAAAUAAUGCAAUUUUAAAGAGGCCUAAAACGGGAGAUACUUUAUGUAAGGAAUGUUUUUUCGAAGCCUUUGAAAAUGAAAUUCACUUUACCGUUACAAAGGCAAAAUUAUUUAAACCAAACAGGACGGUGGCCAUUGCAGCAUCUGGUGGUAAAGAUUCGACUGUGUUAGCCUACAUUAUUAAACUGCUCAAUGAGAAAUAUAAUUACGGGCUUAAACUGGUUCUCUUAUCAAUAGACGAAGGUAUUACUGGCUACCGAGAUGAUAGUUUGGACACAGUAAAACAAAAUAGAGACGAUUACGAAAUGCCCCUAAAAGUUUUGAGUUAUAAAGACUUGUAUGGCUGGACAAUGGAUGAGAUUGUGGCAGAAAUAGGAAGGAAAAACAAUUGUACAUUUUGUGGAGUAUUCCGCAGACAAGCAUUAGAUAGAGGGGCAAAUUUAUUAAAAGUGGAUUACUUAGCUACUGGUCACAAUGCUGAUGACAUUGCAGAGACUGUGUUAAUGAAUAUAUUACGAGGUGACUUGGCACGAUUAAAUAGGUGUACUUCCAUUAUUACUGAUAGUGGAGAUGGCAUUCCUAGAGUGAAACCUUUGAAAUAUGCUUACGAAAAAGAGAUUGUAAUGUAUGCAUAUUUUAGGAAAUUGGUAUAUUUUUCUACAGAAUGUGUUUUUGCUCCCAAUGCCUAUAGAGGACAUGCACGAGUUUUGUUAAAAGACUUGGAAAAAAUAGAUCCGUCGAUUAUAAUGAACAUUAUACAGUCGGGUGAAUCGAUAAAAGUGAACGAAACCGCCACAAUGCCUACAUUGACAAACUGUACGCGCUGCGGUUAUGUGUCUUCUCAAGAAAUUUGUAAAGCUUGCGUUCUUUUAGAAGGUCUUAACAAGGGAUUACCAAGAUUAGGUAUUGGGAAGUCGAGUAAAGUGAAAAGGAUAUUGCAGGAAAAUGAGAAAAAGAACGGCCGAUGUUGUAGUACAGAUAAAAGAAAGACAUGCGGAACAGUAAGUAAUGAAAUUAGUAUAGAAGAUAUAGGAGACAAGAAAUGCUCGUGCAAUGGAUCCGAGAGAAUUCGACCUAAAGGUGACGAGCUUGUGAUAGACAAAUUAACUAUAUAAAUAUAAUUUUAUUUGUAAUUUAUAUACAUUGUUUAAAAAAGAAGUGAAAUAUAUAUUA